AUGGGGAGAAAAUGGACAUACUGUGCUGUCUAUUCCAUCAUCCAGAUGCACCUGGUCAGGGGAGUAGUAGAAGAAACCUUCAGCGCAGAAGAACACAUCUACGCUUUACCUGGCUCUGAUGUCAACCUGAGCUGCCAAGCGCAGAAGAAAGGCUUCUUGGUGCAGAUGCAGUGGUCCAAGGUCACAGACAAGGGGGACCUGCUUGCUGUUUAUCAUCCCGAACAUGGCUUCUACUGUGCCAGCAAGAGUCCCUGCAGGUCACUGGUGGCUUUCCGAGAAGCGCCUGGGAAUGUGUUUGAGUGGACUCUGUACUUGAGGAAUGUUUCUUCCUCGAUGACCGGGAAGUAUGAGUGCAGCUUCACUCUGUAUCCAGAGGGCAUUCAGACAAAAAUCUACAGCCUAAAGAUCCAGACAAAUGUUGCACAAGAAGAAUGGAGAAGCAACCAUACAGUAGAAAUCGAGAUAAGCAGGACUCUGGAAAUACCAUGCUCUCAAAACACCUCCUUAGAAAUGUCAUCUGCGCUCACCUUUGCGUGGCUGGUGGAGGAUAAUGGAACUCAGGAAACACUUACCGCUCGAGGUCACCCCAUCAGCAAUUCCACGUUAUUUAAAGACAGAGUCCGGAUAGGUGCAGACUACAGGCUCUACCUCUCUCCAGUCCAAAUCCACGAUGAUGGGCGGAAGUUCUCCUGCCGCAUUGUGGUCAGGUCUGGCAGAGUCUUGAGGAGCUCCACCACCGUCAAGGUUUUUGCUGAGCCGGAAAUCCCCGUGAUUGUGGAAAAUAAUUCCAUGGAUGUCACUGGAGAGAGAAUCUUUACCUGCUCACUGAGGAAUGUAUUUCCCACAGCAAACCUCACCUGGUUUAUACAGAGGAGCUUCCCUCAAGCUGAAAUAGAAGAAAUGUAUACUGCUAGUGAAAAAAGAAAAGACAAAGAUGGAUUUUGGGAACUGAAGUCUGUUUUGACAAGUGUAUAUGAUAAUAAACCAGCCCACUCAAACAACCUGACCAUCUGGUGUAUGGCUCUGUCUCCAGCCCCUGGACACAAAGUGUGGAAUAGCUCAUCUGAAAAGAUCACAUUUUCCUUGGGCUCAGUGAACCCUCCAACAGAUUCUCCACUCAACGCUACAGAAUCUACCCUUGGCACGCAACCUUCUCCAGCCAACAGCAUAUCUCCUACAGCCAGUAAUUCCAAUGUGCCUACCCGAGGCUUCAACUACUCCUGGACCUCCAGUGGGAAAGACGCCAAACUCUCUCCAUGGAUGCCCAGUGAAACAAACAGUUCACCCUCCCCAGAUGCAGGUUCAACACUUCCUGGUGACAUCUUCACCAGCACAACCAGAGCAUCUUCAGAAGUUCCCACAACUGCCAAUGUAUCUACUAAAAAUAAUCACAUUCAUAUCACUGGUACUGUGAUCAGUAAGCCCAAAGAUGGAAUGUCCUGGCCGGUGAUUGUGGCAGCUUUGCUAUCCUCCUGUCUCGUAUUGUUUGGUCUUGGAGUGAGAAAGUGGUGUCAGUACCAAAAAGAAAUCAUGGAAAGACCUCCGCCUUUCAAGCCGCCUCCACCGCCCAUCAAGUACACUUGCAUUCAAGAGUCCAUUGGAAGUGAUGUGCCUUGUCAUGAGCUGGAGACACUCUAG